CAUCGAGUUAGUAUUUUAAGGUAUACGUUAUUAAAGUAAAAUUACCUAACUGGCAAAAGAUUUAAAAAUGAUUGUUCAUAUUGUAAUUAUGAACAUAUAUCAAUCGAUACAAUAUUUUUUCAAACUGACUUUGAUUUAAAUCUGGUCUUGUAUGCACGGAAUUAAAAUUACUGUCUAUUAAAUUUAAAAUAACAUUCUAAAAAAUUAAUAUACAUUUUCUUUGGCCUCAACAUUUUAAUUGAAGAAAUAAUAACAUAAAACAUUUUAUUCUAUAAGAUUUUCUGAAUUACUGAAAGCAAGUUUUGGGCGAGCCUAUUUAGGUUUAUUUGUGAUUGGUUUGUGUUCAGCAAGUAUCAAUUUAUUUAACGUAAGUAGCGAAAAAUUUAAAACGUAAAAUUUUAUUUAAUUUUAUUUAAUUGCAUUUUUUUUUAAAUUUCUUGAAAAAAAUCUAUUUAAAAGUAUCAGUUUUUUCAUAUAAUUGAUGAGUUGUUUCUUCUAGUUAUCUAGAAUAAUAACAAUGGAGAAAGAAAUUUUGGAAAUUAUUAAAUCUAUAUUGUUAAUAAUGAUAAAUAUUAUAUAUAUAACUUUAGCAAAUUUUGCUGGACAAGAGUUUAUAAAUAAUGAUACUCAGUUCUAUCGUACGGUAUGCAAUACAGAAUGGUACAAUGCCCCAAUAAAAAUUCAAAAGUUGAUACUUUUUUUGAUACAAAAGACUACAAAAUGUUACAAAGUUGAUGCCGGUGGUAUGUUUAGUCCCUGUUUGGAAGGUUUGGCUACAUGUUUAAGUAUGACGGUUUCGUACUUUAUGGUUCUUCAUUCUGUGUAAUUAAUGUGCCCAGAGCUACAAAAGUCUAUUUUAUUAUUAUUUUAAAAACAAAAAAGUAUAUUAGUAAAGAUAAUGUAAUAAGCAACAAAGGUUAUACAUUACGAACAAUUUAAAUUUUAAAAGACGUUUUGCUAUUGUAUGUAUAAUCUUAUUUAAAUUUUUAUUAAUGAUUAUUAUUAUAUUUUCCUCAAUUAUAUAUUCCAAUUAAUACUUGACGAUGCAUUGAAGGUAUUACUUAAGUAAAAAUGGCUAAUAAAUAAAAAAUAUUGGUGAGCGUUUAAAAUAAUUGUAUCGAAAUAAUGAAUAUUUAAACAUUUAUGUCAAAUUAUCUAAAUAUGCUCUUACACACAUGAAAGAAUUAAUUGAAUUUAAGAAAAUGUUGGUUAGUUUUACCGAAUUAGUUUAUGUGUGCAUGCAAUAAUAAUGCAAUCAGCACAUCUGUACAAUCUAUUACAUCAAAAACUUAAGCAUAAAUACAAAAAUUUUCGUACAAAGUU